ACCAUCUCUUUUGCGUUGAAAAACGUUGGAAGCAUGACGCCAUUCUUCGUCGCCAUUUUCUUGAUCGGCCUCUCAUCCCUGGCCACUGCCGUAAACUUCACUCAGGUCUUCGAGUGGCCAGAUGGAUUGGACUACGAGUGGCCGUCGGAGGCGAUCAGGGCACAGGCCUUGAAAGACAGAAUUUACAAACCAGAAAAUAUGUCUCCUCGUUACAUGGCUGUCUACGGAUCAAGGAUCUUCCUCAGCCUGGCCAAAGAUAUUGGCAUUCCGGCCGCUCUGGUUUCUCUGCCGACGAGCAGCGCGUCCUCCGCACCCCCGAAGCUCACUCCAUUCCCUUCGUGGGACAUCCAUCUUAAUGAACCGGGACACUGCAACAAGAUUCAACGGGCAAGAGGGCUUCAAGUGGACUCCGUUGGCAGGCUGUGGGUGCUCAAUGCGGGAAGCGAUAGCUGCAAUGCCACACUAUGGAUUUUCAACUUAAACAACAAUGAAACCGAACUGAUUCAUCGAUUUUCUUUUUACUUCUAUAUUCACGACUUGGUGCUUGACGAAACGGCCAACGGAACCUUCGCCUACGUCGCGCGCUGGAUGGAAAGCCACGUUGUUGUGUUUAGUUUGGAAAGAAAUGAAUCUUGGAUUGUGGACACGUCAGGAAUCGAUGUUUCAUCCAUCGCUCUUUCCCCUAAGGAGAAGGAACCGAGACAGCUCUACAUCGGCGAAUUGCACUCAACUCAAUUUCAUUCAAUUUCCGUCGCCGCUCUCCGCAACGGGACUCGAACUAUUAAACCAAAGGUAAUCGGAAACUGGAAUAGACAAAGAGCGUAUAGAAUGCUGAUGGACAACCACGGGACCUUGCACGCCGCCUUUAUGUAUCAGAAUUUAAUGUCCUCUUGGAACACAUCCCAGUCAUUUUAUCAGGUGGCUGGACUGAAAUCUUCUUGGCCAUUUACCUUUGCCUUGGACCAAAAUGGAACUCUUUGGAUGUCAGUGUUUGAUGACGCAAAAUUUCCAAGAUUCGGGACUUUGAACGCUGCAGUCGGUGCAAAGUCGUUUAUCCUCGCCAGAAUGCUCCAGCACGUGCAUCCUGAUACUGCCUAAGGUCAGAAGUGUUGAUGGAAGGGCGAAAACUGCUGUGACCCACCCUGGGAGUGCACCUGCCUGCCCGACUUCCAUGCAAAGCCUCGAGUAGUGAUUUUAGUUGGGAUAUAUUAAAUGUUUUCUGG